AUGCCCCUCGUGGUGUGGAAAGAUCCAGACAGACACGGUGCCCGACGUGACGCCAGCAUAUACGGCACUGCACUCUGUGCGCGAGUCGGUGCGCGCCUGGUGGCUGCGUACGGACCCAGCACAGCGGCUCGCGUGUUGCCUGCCACGCGCUUCAUGUCCGUCAACGCGCUCAACAUGAGCGCCACCUGGGCCGUGCUGGACGCCAUCUACUCGUUUCUGCCGACAAGUAGGCUGUCAAAACUAUGGCGUGAACAAGCGCAGCAGCAGGCAGCGAGCGAAGGUGGAGGCAGAGGGCAGCUACUUCCGCGUACUCACCCGUGCUACGACAACACGGUGCGCUUUUUCACUCGGUCGCUGCGCCAGCCCAAAAGCAAUGUGUACCACGUGGCCGGUGUGGCACCGCUGCGUACCUACCGACUGCUGGUUGCACGCGAGCUGGUGGUCAAGGACUUCCUUCUGCGGCCACCGCUCACUGAGGAACGGCAUCCGCCCGCCAUGCUGGCCGCGGUUUUGGGAACGACUAUUGCGAAGCAGAUCUUCGCGCUGCUCUACAUACUGUUCUUCUUCAAUGACCGUUUCGAGCCACUUGCGCCGGCGGAUCUGGGCCCCGAGCUUAUCGCCGCCGAGGCCGAGCUGAAGCGGUACCGUUUGCUGUUGGCUACUAGGACGAGCGCGUUGGGAACACUGCGCGUGAGUGAGAUCCGGAAGCUGACCUCACUGAGCCUGGCCGCAACUGCCGCCAGCCACGCGGCUUCCGUCCUGGAAGCGCGCCGGUCAGGAACGGCAUGGAUUGAAGCGACCAAGGGACACAGCAGCGACACCACGUUCGGCGGUGUCCCUCGCGCCAAGCUCUUCUUCCUCACGAGCUGCUUCCCGUCCUGCGGACUAUCUGGCCGGGCACGGAUUAUGCAGGCACCGUUCUGCAACGUGGCUUUACCGGCAGCAGCGGCUUUCAGGCGUGCUUUUCAAUGUGAUACGACUCACAGCCUCUGGACCAACUUCACGUGGAGGGAGUUCUGAUGGAACCGUACUGGAAAUGAUGCGGUCGACAGAACUAGUGCUCUUA